AUGACUCCUUGUUGUGAGAGCCGUCUGUUUGCCGUACAGAAUGCUUUAGUACGACAGGACGGGAGAGUACCUGAACUCCUCCAUCGUCUGUUAGAAUUCCUGACACCCUACCUCUCCCACAGGUAUAAGAAUGUCAGGGACAGGAUUGGAAGUCGAUUAUCAUCAUUUAUUCCUCUGUUUAAGCCUGAUGUCAAACAUCAUGUUUAUGACUACAGCACCACGGCGGGUUCCUCCACUAAAUCUCCACACGGAGUGGACUUUGUCAAGAAAGUGAUUCGGCGGCUGGAACCACUCAAAGACCUGGUGCUAUCAGACAAUGGAAAUAAUGGCAGCUCAAAAGAUGAGGAGAACCACAGAGAGACAUCUUCCUCGUCAGAGAAGAUGGAGGUGGAAGAUGAUGAGGAUGAAGAGAGGAAGACAACCAUAAGGCUGUGUAAAACAGUGCUAAAGUGGAUAUCUGAUGGUCUGGGUAGAAUGUUUACCUCAACUACACCAGAGCUUUUCCUUUUUCUUCCAGUAAUUUGCACGUUAGAGAGUGAGACUAAGGAUGAGGAACUGAAGACUGAUUGUUCUAUGAUCCUGGCCUGUUUCUCUCAGGCUCUGAUUCAAGAGAACAAUGUCCCUGUGUGUCUGGAGACCAUCAGAGAAGUGAGUACAACUAAUCACACAGAACUGGAGACUGACUGUUCUAUGGCCCUGGCAUGCUUCUCAAAGGCUCUGAUUUAG